AUGUCUGUCCAACAACCCGACCAGAUCCCCUGGGAUCCCAACUGCGAUCACUUUCCCUCCCGCAAGGACCUGCCCAAGAUCCCCGGUGCACCGGACGGCGCCGCCUGGGUGUGGGGGAAGGACGACUCGCUGGGCCGAGUCAAUCUGCUCACCCCGAAGCGGGUAAAAGCCGCCGCCGCGGAGAUCCAGACAGGCGAGAUGAUCCGACUGGAUCUCCCUGUUAACGUGCCCGCCGUGCCGUCGUUCGGCCGCGAGACCUUCCAGCACACCAUCAAGCCGCUGACCAAGGGCGUGGCGUACGACGACUGCUACGUGAUGAACACGCAGAGCAGCACGCAGUGGGACGGGCUGCGGCAUGUGGCGCACAUCGCCACCAAGACCUUCUAUAACGGGGUGAAAGAAUCCGACAUCGAAGGCCCGAACGCCAACCACCGCAACGGCAUCCACCACUGGGCCGCGCACGGCAUCGCCGGCCGCGCCGUGCUCCUCGACUACUGGCACUAUGCGCGCAGCCACGGCAUCACCUACGACCCCAACACGUCGCACGCCAUCAGCCUGGCGGACCUGCGCGCCUGCGCCGCCGCGCAGGGGCUCGACAUCCGCCCCGCCGCGCAGGGCGGCCACAUGCGUCCCGGCGACAUUCUGCUCGUGCGCUCGGGCUUCGUCGAGAACUACACCACGCUGAGCGACGAGGCCUGGCGCGCCGCGGCCACGCGCGACGGCCCCGAUCAGCGCUGGGCCGGCGUCAAGCAGGAGGACGCUAUGCUCGACUGGCUGCAUGAUUGCUACUUUGCGGCGGUGGCGGGCGACUCGCCGACGUUUGAGUGUUGGCCCGCUGUGGACGGGCGCGGGCUUAUGCAUCAGGAUUUCCUGGCGUUGUGGGGGAUGCCGCUCGGCGAGAUGUGGGAUUUGGAGCGGUUGGCGACGCGCUGUCGCGAGUUGGGCCGCUGGACGUUCUUUUUGACCAGUGCGCCGGCUAAUGUUCCUGGCGGCGUGGGCUCGCAUCCGAAUGCUACGGCUAUUCUGUAG